UUCAAACCAUAUUGCGAAGACUUAAUUCCGUCAAAUACUUAGUCGAGGCCUUCGGAGUUUCGCUUAGUCGGUGUUCCGAGAGAUGUCUUUAGCAAAUUUUCUGUUGUCUUGUUUCCCGGCGAGCAAUGUCGGGAUGGGUUUGAGCUCCGCUGCGAGGCCUUUUCUUUAGAUUUGUCCCAGCUUUGUUGUUAGCUUGUUAGCCUGUUGUAUACAUGUCGAGAAACCGCCUGUUAUAGCUGCCAUCGUCGUUAGAUAUCUCUCAAUUUAUUUACACAAAACACUUGAAGCAGCCGCAUAGAUUUCCCUUAACUAUCAACUCAGUUGCAUCAUUAGCUGUCCUGAGCCUUAACACGUCGUUUGUUCACUAUCGACGUUGAUGUCAGCAUUAGCAUGCUGGUAGCUAACUCCAUGCUAGCGAGGACAAAGGGGAACCUAGCACAACAGCACCAAGUCGGUACUUACAGAGUCAUAAACGACGCUGCACGAAGCUAUUUCGUCUCUUAAGAUUUUUCUAUUUUGUACAUACAGAGUUUUGUAUAUACUGUAUAUGAUGAGCUCGCUGGGCGGCGAUAAGGCCCGGGGCCCUCGGGAAAAAACGCUGCCCGCUGCCUCUCACACAUCGCAACCACAGAAACAGAUACAGGCUACUGCUGAGCAGAUCCGGCUAGCCCAGAUGAUCUAUGACAAGAAUGAUGCUGACUUUGAAGGGAAAGUUAACCAGCUCAUGGAGGUGACUGGAAAGAACCAGGAUGAGUGCAUGGUGGCGCUCCAUGACUGCAACGAGGAUGUUAGCAGAGCCAUCAACUUCCUCCUGGAAAGCACCUCAGACAUGACCUCAUGGGAGACGGUGGGUAAAAAGAAACCACUGGUGAAGGAGGGUCCAUUAGAAAGUAAAGAGAACAAGGAGAACCGGGAGAAGAAAGGAGAGAGGGAAGCCAGUAAAGGCCGCGCAGCUGCCAACCGUAAGGGCAAAGGGGGAAAUCGCAACCGACAGGCACAUCUUGAGGAGAAUGGCGUGGAAGUGACGCCAGUGGACAGAGGUUCAGAUCGAGGUCGGAGGGUGAAAGGCGGCAGAGGAUCUGGAGGUCGAGGCAGAGGCAGAGCACCAGCAGGAAGCCGGUUCUCAGCCCAGGGCAUGGGGACUUUCAAUCCUGCAGACUAUACUUCAGAGGCUGGUACAGGGACAACACAGACUGAGGUGUGGGAGACAGUGGCCAACAACAGCACAGAUGGGACAGUUGCCUGGAGGAACACCCUGGAAGACUGGGCAGCUGAGGACUGGAGUGAGGACGUGAGCCUGUCAGAGACCAAAGUGUUCACCUCCUCAUGUGCACCUGCUGCUGAGAACCACAUUACUCCUGGGCAAAGUCUGGACCUCGCCUCUCUGCUGCAGAAGCCUGUGGCUGGAGGAAGAGAGCCACCUUCUUCCUCUUCUCCUCAGAGUCUGGUUUUCACCAACUCCCAUCAUCACCACCCACCACAGCAGCAGCUGCCCCCCACCCGUAAUGCAACCGGCAGCACGAGCUAUGCACAUGCUGCUCUGUCAUCAUUUGGGGGUACUGGUUUUGGAGAUUUGGGCCAGGCCAAACGGCCUCAGCCCAGUGCUGGAGCUCAGAUACUGGAACAACUGAAGGGUCCUGGCCUGGGGCCGCUCCCCUCAUCCCAAGCGGCUCCUCCUGCCAGCACCCAAGGAAGCAACACCUCCAUUGGGCGACUGCCACGCCUGGGAGCACCUGCACCUCCUUCCUCCUCCUCUAGCUGGGAUAUGAAGGCGCCUGAGUCAAACACGACCUCACUGUCCUCACAGUUCAGUCGUGAGUUUGGUCUGCAGCCAGAGCCUUCUCUUGUGUUGAGCCAGCUGGUUCAGAGACACACUGCUCCCUCGCUGCCUCUGGCGCGUCAGCCCAGUCCUCCAUCACAGCAACAAGCACCCACUGCUUCAGCUUCAUCUGCUCCCCAGCACACUAGCACCCCAGCUCAGCCAGGCCCAGGGAUGACUACUGCCGGUGCUAAACCUGUCGCUCCCAGUGCAACAGGGCUGGACUCACAGGGUGGCAUUACAUCACAGCAACCGCGGGCACCACUCAAAGGCCAGAAACGAAGGAUACCUCCCACAUCAAAGAUCCCGUCUACAGCGGUGGAAAUGCCAGGCUCAGCAGAUGUCCCUGGUCUAAACCUCCAGUUUGGAGCUCUAGACUUUGGCUCAGAGUCAGCACUCCCAGAGUUUGGAGGUAUGGACAAUUGUGUGAGCGCAGCGUCCAGGGAGUCCACGCCAGCCCCGGCACCGGCUGCACCAGGAGCACAAAGCCAAACAAGUCUCUACUCCAAACCACUCAGUGAGUCACUGGGCAGUGCUCUCUCGGUCACCCUGCCGCUGCCUCUCUCCUCAUCAGAGCCAGUAUAUCACUCCUCCUCAGUAGCGUUGCCCAGCCUCAACUCCUCCUCUUUAGUGACUGCCAGCUCCAGCAAUCCUCCCUCCUCUUCUUCAACAACCUCCACUACCACCUCCUCUACUGUACCCUCCUCAUCUCCCUUCUCCACAGUGGGGGGAAGUUACGAUGGGACCAUGCCGCCUCACACACGACUGACCUUUUCCCAGAACAAAGAGGCAACAGGACCAGUAAUGAAUGGUCUGAAUGGAGUCAGAACCUCAGCCGCUCUAGACAGUUCGUCAGCAUCCUCCACACCAAAACCAGAAUCUCCUCUGAAUAUUGGCACCAAUGGCGCCCCAGUACCAACCUCCCAUUUGUCUUCAACCAUGCCUGCACACAGCUCCACCACACUGUCCAGCUUGGCACAGGACCUGCCCUCAGCCAGCCAACUCAACUCGCUCAACAGCCAUGUCAGCAGCCAUUCCUCAGUUUCAGCUCUGGGCUCCAGCUCUCUCACUUACACCAGUGUUGACAGCAGCAGUGUGAACUCUCUGGCUCCCUCCUCUGGUGCUUACACAUCAUCGCAGCCCCCAGCGUCCGCUCUCCACACGACCCACAAUAGCAGCAGCAGUAGCAGCAGCAGCAUUGGCCACCUGGCCAACAUGCCCAACAUGGGCAGCACAGUCGGUGGCAUCACCGGCACAAGUGGACUUCACUCUGUUACCACCGCCGCCACCAGCACUGCGCUGGGACUUGGCUCCAAUGGAGCUAAUGCCACGUCCAACCUCUCUGCACCAAGGACCACACCGCUGCUCUCCUCCUCUACCGGUAAAGCACCACCUAAUCUCUCUCAAGGAGUUCCUCCUCUACUGCCUAACCAGUAUAUCAUGGGUCCAGGGGGGCUACUGCCAGCAUACCCACAGAUCUAUGGCUAUGAGGACCUCCAUAUGCUCCAAUCAAGAUUGCCAAUGCCCUCUCUGCAGGAUUACUAUGGACUAACAUUCCCAGGCCCCACAGCGACUCUCUCUGGCAGAGACGGCAACCUAGCCAACAAUCCUUACUCAGGUGAAGUAACAAAGUUUGGCAGGAAUGACUCCACCUCCCCAGCACCUCCCACAAGUCUGGCAGCCCCACAGCCUCCCCAGGGCCAGAGCCAAGGACAGAACCAGGCCCAGCCUCAGCCUCCUCAGGCUCAGCCCCAGCCCCAGGGCCAGCCACAGCACCACAACAGUCAGCAGGCCUUCCUGCCUCCAGGCUACAGCUACACAGGCCUGCCUUACUAUCCUGGAGUGCCCGGUGCCGUGCCCAGUGCUGCUGCCUUCCAGUAUGGCCCCACCAUGUUUGUUCCUCCUGCGGGCCCGGGACCAGCCUCGGCUAAGCAGCACAGCAUGGGCCUCAGCCUAGGAAACCCUACAGCCAGCCCCUUCCAGCAGCAGACGCAGCAGCAACCCAGCGGUUACGGUCAGCACACCUUCAGCUCAGGGUAUGAGGAGCUGACAGCGGGGCCAGCAGGAGUUGACUACAGCAAAGGCUACAACUCCUCCUCACAGGCACAAGCCAAAUCUGCUGCUACUGGGCCUGGGAAGGGCGUAUCGGUGACAUCCAGUAACUCGGGUGUACCAGACAUCAGUGGAAGUGUUUACAAUAAGACUCAGUCUUUUGAUAAGCAGGGUUUCCACGCAGGGACCCCCCCUCCCUUUAGCCUGCCAUCAGCACUGGGAGGCCCGGGGCCUUUGAACCCUGGAGCAGCACCUGGAGGCUAUGCACCGGCCCCAUUCCUCCACAUUCUGCCUCACCAGCAACCACAUUCGCAGCUGCUGCAUCACCACCUAGCUCAGGAUGGACAGGGCGGUCCCAGCCAGCGUGGCCAGUCCAGCAGCCUCCAGCAGAAGAGCCAAGUCAACAAGUCGAGCUACGGCAGCUCCCCUUACUGGGCCAACUGAAGCGAUCACGUCUACGAUUGUGUACGUAGGUGGGUGCGUGUGGUGGUGUGUGUGCACAUGGACAGACACCAGCACACAGCACCACACCUGCAUGUUUGACUGACAAGAUCAUAGAGAGACAAACCAUUUUGCAACACAAGCUAAAACACACACUACCACCUCCCUCCCUUUACUCUGUAUAUCCCCUUUUCAAAUUUAUGGCUGUUGUAUGUAAAAUAUAUUUAUGUAUGUAUUUAUACAGUAUAUAUGUAUUGGUAGGACAUAAAAUGUGGUUUUCUGCAUUUUGUUUUUUUAUUUUGAAGGACAUUUUAUUUCAAAAAAAUGUGGAAAGAAUGCUAAAUCAUGGAGAUGAAGUUGGUGAAUAUACUUGAACACAAGCAUCUUGUGAUGUGGAUUUUUUUUGUAUGCAUACAUGAACUGAGAAUGAUGUACAUAGAUUCUACACAUCAUUUUCACGGCAAAGGCCUUUUUUUAUUUUAGAAGAAAUUUUUUUGUAACUUUGAGUCUCCCGCAUCUGUGAAUCCUUAUACUGAGGGUGACCCAAGUUGAUUUUUCCUUUAUUUCCCCAGUUCCCUCCAUCUGUCUCUCAUUCCUCAACUUUUACUAGUUGGUUGGUUUGACCAGCCUGGCCUUGGAUUUGAUGUCAUUUUAACAUUGGUUUAAUCCUUGUUGUCCAGAUUAAAAAAAAAUUAUAACCA